UCGCGUGAAUAAUCCUCACGCCACAACGACGCUUCUAAUCAACCGACCAGCAGAGCAUCAGGGAGGCGUGUCGUGACUCGAUCGACUCACCUGCACAUGUUACUUCUUCACGACGCGCUGACUUGGCAUUCACGUUGCGGAUGCUUUUGGGCGGAGCUAGAUCGCAUAGCGUCCACAAAGCCGGAAGUUACGGAGCUUCAAGAUCAGCUAGACAGACGAUCUCAGAGACACAUCUAGCAGGACGAGGAACAAAUCUCAGCAACGUAGAACGGGCCGACUGCAUUUAGCAAGGAUACAAUUAAUCACUGUCCCGCUAGCGCUGAGAUUGGCGUGCUUUUGCGCACCGGCAAAUGCUUCUCAGAAUCCGCAAGUCGGCGGUGGGAAGGCUGUUUGUCAGCGUCUAUAGAUUCCUUUUAUCGUGCUCAACUCUCUUUCGUGCGGAUGCACUCCAGCUCCAAACAGGAUCAACAUGACCUCUGCAGAUAUAUGUGCAAGCGCAGAAGAUGGCGAGCAAGCCGACAUUGUCAAGGAGCUGUGGAGGACUUCGAGCUGGCUGCGCAGGUAUGAGACCAAGCGUGUCAAAGCGCUCAGCGAUGAAGAGCUCGCCAACAUCGGGCUGGAAGGCGCUGGAACUUCGUCGGACUCGGUCAAACGCUACUACGCUGCGCUUCUCAAACGCACGCAGAAGCACAGCUCGGGGCUUUGUUCUUCCAUCUUGCGCGUUCGUAUUCCAUGUCCUGAUGCGGCGGAUGAAGAUCUACUCGAGGCGGACCUAGAAGGUGUGCCCGAGCAUGGCUCGAUUGCAGGAUGGGCAGCUAUCAAGGUGGUCAGUUUGGAAGAGCAACCUCCACCUCAUGAUGUCUUCAACGAGUACAGAACAUUGUCGCUCGCGGUCAUUCAUCGCAAUCGAGCGCUAGAUCGCUCAAGAGCGGAGAUCACUCCUCGACAGACCAACGUGGUGCAUCUGAUCAGCGCUUUUGUCCGCGCUGCUGGUCCCUGGAGCAAAGAGGUGGCACUCGUGUUGCCUCUAUACCCUUGCACAUUAGCAGAAGCUCUUCGCAUCCCUGCGGAUCACAUUGCCCCACGUCGCGUCCAUCAAACGGAAGCAAUUGCGGAGCCACAUCUUGGUCCCGAGUCAUUGACAAUCUCACCAUCCAGUGCAGAAUUUGCGCUCAAAGUAACCAAAGGUGUUCUUUCGGGUCUCAAUUUCUUGCACUCGAUCGGUGUAGCUCAUCGAGACAUCAAACCGUCCAACGUCUUGCUGAGCUACGACGGGGAGGCCAUACUGGCCGACUUGGGCGUCGCUACACGAGUGCCAGCUUCUCACGCCGGCAAAGUGGCGCCAUUGUGUGAAAGACCAAGUCGAACGGCGGAAGUAGGCACGACGUGUUAUCGUCCUCCAGAGCUCCUAUUUUCUCCUUCCGACGGCUACGAUGGAUCGAAAGCGGACGUAUGGUCAGCAGGAGCAAGUCUGAUCGAGCUGUGGACUGCGUUGGUACAGAAGGCGCCGAAAAGGAAAGCGAGCGAGGUGCGAUUACCCCACUGGGAAACGGCUCUGGCAGACGAUCAGAGCUGGCAGAGAUACUCGGGGAAAGAGACCAAGAGCGCAUCGAGCAGCAACUGGAGCUUUGAGGAGGACGAAGAAGAGACCUACGAGGAUCAAGAUCACGAGGAGGAGAGCGAGCUGAUUCGGGAUUCGAAGCGACAAAGUCUUUUCGAUGGCCGAGGAGAAAUCGCUCUGGCGGGGAGCAUUUUUGCGAUUCUUGGUCGACCAACAGAUCAGACCGAGUGGCCAGAAUCGGAACACUUCAGUCCGCCUUUGAGCCGCAUGCCUUUCCCAGCGCGCAAGCCCGUCGAAGGCGGACUGAGAAGGCACUUGGCCAUUUCAUUCCGGUCUGCGGCCGAGCAGGCAGCUUUCGAAUUCUGCGAAUCGGCGAUCCGACUCUCUGCGGGCGCUCGUCCGUCGGCUGCUGAUGCGCUUGCACGUCUCGGGGCGUCUUAGUGGACUUUGACCCAGUCCCAAACACAGCUCUCGUCGCAUCUCCAUUUAGCCUUUGGCAAUUCUGUGUGUGCUGUUGGCACGUCAUUGAUCCCCUUGAGCCUCGCUGAUAUCUUGCGAUCCAGCCUGCAACAUCGGCCACUCCUGCGUCGUCUGCACGAUGCGAGUUCUGAUUUCCGAGUCAUGUAUUAUCUUUGCAUGCCCGAUAGCAACGCCAUGCA